AUGGGGAUUCUGCAGCCCAGCAAGCAACCGCCGAGCCCCACGCAGAGGAGAACGCUCAACACCUUGGUCAAACACUUUACCGUCAAGCUCGACGACGUGAAGCUGCGGAGAUGGUGGACGCUAGUCACCCCGGCCUUCAGCCACAUCCAGCUCUACCACAUCGUCGGCAAUUUGUUCGCCUUCACCACGUUUUCGAGGAUGUUGCUCCGGUGCGGAAUCGCGCCCCUGCGCUACGGGAUGCUGAUGCUGGGCUCCGCCGUCUCGGGCAAUCUGGCGUUUCUCUACCAGACGUCCCAGAGACAGCGGCAGCGCGGGGAAAAGUCGGGCUACUACCGCGGACGGGAAAUCAGGGCGCUGGGCUUGUCCGGCGUGGUCAUGGGUCUGGGCGCCGCCGUGUCGUUGGCCACCCCAAAGGCCAAGGUGGGUUUGGGACUUGGUGGCGUUCCGGUGCCCGUCUGGUCGCUCAUGGUGGUGUACACGCUUUUCGACUCGGCGAGACUCGACGACCGGACCUCGAUUGUCGGCCACGCCGCGCAUCUCGGCGGCGCCGCCUUUGGCGCGCUUUAUUAUCUCGUCGCGCUGCGGAGCCAGGCCGCGCUCCCGUUUGCCUGGCUUUACAGGCGAUGA